UCUGCCCGCCAUAUUUGUUGAAAAACGUAAACGGAAAAAAGUGAGCGGCAGUUUUUUCAUAAGUUCUGUUGAUGUACGGUGAGCACUUCUCUUUUCUAAAUAGUUAUGUGAUUUUGUGCAUACUAUUAAAUUUUCUAAUCGAUAUAGCCAGUUAGAAGUUUUAUGCAAUGGCUUUGCCAGCCGAAUCACAAAGGUCUUUUCGACUUUAUGUGACCCAUGUGGAUGGAGAGGGUCCUUUUCUGAAGAUAAGCGGCCAGCUCGACCAACAGUCUUCGUUAAUGGUCGAGAGCCUAUUUGAAUCGGCUCGCGGAAACUUGGAAAAGGGAAUUGGAGCAGUUUCUGUGGCAGCUAUCCAUGAAGGUGUAAUAUGUGCCGCCAAAUACAAAGAUGGAACAUACUACAGAGCGAAGAUCAUAGACAUCACGAAUCUGUCUACCGGUUUAUUGGGCGUCCAUUUUAUAGAUUACGGUAACAAAGACCGUAUUUCUCUCAGUGCUAUUAGAUUUUUGGACAAGUAUGACCCGAUGUUUCUUCAGCUUCCCGGGCAAGCGACUGACUACUACCUAAGUCGCAUAAUGCAUCCUUCCGGUCGCUGGGACGAGCCGCUGCUGCUCAAGCUUCAGAGCUUGUUGUGUUAUGCAGAAUACCCUGCUGUUGUUGAGGGCCAAACCUGCACAUUGCCCAUUAUAUCUAUACAAUACAAGGGAAAUGAUUUCUCAACACAUCUUGUUUCAAAUAGAUUUGGUAUAGCCGUGCCGGUAGCAAAACAAGAAGUGAUGAUGCUGCAACCAAUGGGAACUGACAGGCAACCAGGGCCAAACUGGGCACCAAAUUUCAUAGCCGAUUCAACGCCAUAUGCUGAACAUGUACCGUUUCUGAUGAACCAGAACUUCCCAUCCAACCCUGCAUCUGCAAUGAGAUUGCAGCAGAACGCCAGUGUGCCCUUCAAUGGUGCUAUAGUGCCUCCACCAUCAGCCAUUAGCCAGAGGCUACUAGUCAAUAAGGCAUCAAGAGGCCCAGUGAACCUUAAAGGUCCAAUAAGGCAGCCCCAAGUGGCUCUAAACUCUCCCCCUGUUGAGAUAUCCACUCCACCGCCAGCGGCAGCCCUUAACAAGAGUUUGUCACCGAAAAAGUCUGCCACUUACAAGAGCCGCUUGUUAGAAGUGAAUUCGCAACACAAAGUGUUUGUGUCAUUUGCAGAGGAAGGCCCAGAGCUCUUUGCAGUUCAGCUGGUGACAGACGCUAAGAAACUUCAAGAUAUGAUGGAUGACAUAAAUAGAAUCCCACACAGAAGCCUUACCGAGCCGCCUAUGAUAGGAACAGUGUGCUUAGGCAGAAUGUCUGGAGACCGAAUUAUUUGCAGGGCAAUAGUCAUGAACCUAUCAGGUUCGCAGUGCAAGCUGUUCUUUGUAGACUUCGGUGAUACGGAAAUGGUGUCAUACUAUGACAUCUUCGACAUCCCAGAAGAGUUUGUCAAGCCUAAUGUAUUUGCUAUGAGAUUCUGCUUAUCGGGCGUGAAGAAAUUACAGAAGGGACCAUAUUUGAAUGAGGCAUUUAAGCAACUUGUGAAUGGAAAAGUGAUGACACUGCGAGUGGUGAAACCGGAAGGUCCUCCGUUAAUACAGUAUGGAGAACUGUACUUAGACAACAAGAAUGUGCUGGACUUGCUGCUAGCCAACGUUAAAGACAAGCUGCAGUUCAAGUGGAUGGAAAUGCUUGCAUUAGGCAGCAGAGCUUCCGUACUUGUGUCUUAUGUAGACAGCUGCAUCAAAUUCUACGUCCAACUAUCAGACAAGAUUGACGACUUGACUGCUGUGAUGGAAGCGGUGAAAGUCCACUGUGAGGGCACCUCAUCCCCUGGAGAGUUACCCGUCGGCACCGCUUGCUGUGCCAGGUUCCCUGAUGAUGACAAAUGGUACAGGGCCAAGGUUCUAGGGUCUAAUAACAAGAAGAUCCUUGUGGCGUAUGUGGACUACGGCAAUGAGCAAGAAGUUAAUGUUUCGGAUUUGAGAACCAUAACUGCGGAUCUGUUAAAACUGCCCGCACAAGCCAUGAAAUGUGCAUUGAAAGGCUUUGAAAACAAACCAGUGGAAAGCAAGACCUCCAACCAGCUUGAAAUGCUGGCACUAGAAAAGACGCUGACUGCCAAUGUAGUUGGGGUCUUAUCUAGCGACACCAUGUUGGUAUCCCUGGUGGAUGACACAUGCAGCCCGCCACUAGAUGUGGCUAGAAAGAUGAACCAGCUGUCACAGCCUAGAAGCAAUGUUGAGACUAAACCGACCACGCCAGUGAGCAAAGCGGCCCCGGAACAGUUCAGCUCGCCAGAGAGCGACCACGGCAAAGGAUUCAAGCGAGAAAAGAGCUUCAGAGAAGACCGGCGGCCAAGGGACGAUGACGACUUCGGACAACGGGGUGGCAGCUUCCGAAACAGAGACAGAGAACCGUUUGAUCGAUCGGGGCCGGGCCGGCAUAGUGACAAGUUUGGAGGCAGACCCGAUAAGGGAGAAAGACGCGGUAAGCCAUGGGAGAGCGGCGCGCCGCCCGCGCCCGCCGGCGCCGAGUGGGAGGAGCCCGCCGCCCCCGCCGCCCCCGCGCCGCGCCCGCACGCCCGCGACAGGGACAACCGCGACAACAGGGACAGGGACAGCAGAAGAAAGCCUAGAGCGGACAACGAAAAGGGUCCAAAGCCAGGCUGGAAGCACAAAGACGGCGCCGGAGUCGGCAAGAGGCUGAGACAGGCCGCCGAGGCUGCCUCGGCGGACGCGCAGAAGGCAGGGCCUAAGGGAUCUAUACAGGACAGGCUGAAACGUGACAAUAAAUUCAACAAGCAAGACGAAUGGGAAGAGAAGAAAGACGACUGGGGCAGCGGCACGCAGAGUCGCAACGACCGCUUCGGACAGAACCGGAGCGAGCGGCGAGACUGGGGCGAGAAGAAAGACUGGAACCAGAAGCGGGAGUUCCGAGACAGAGGCGAGAAUAACCGCGGAGACAGAGGCGAGAACAAUCGCGGCGACAGAGAUAGAACCAGGAGUAAUUUCACACCCCGCGACCGCGCUGAUCGCGCUGACCGCUCCUUCGGCUCUGACUCUGACAAGCGGUCAGAUAGAAGCUUCGGCCGCGCCGGAAACAAACCCCGCUCCAAAUUCACACAAGUACAGUACAAGGAACUCCCCGACCCUGUCCCAUUGGAAUCCCGCUUCGACGAACCGACCAUCGAAUCCGAAGCGCAACACGAAGUAUCCGUCACCUGGAUCAUAUCCCCAAAGAGCUUCUACACACAACUAAUGUCCCUCCAACCGAAGUUCCUAGAGAUGAUGCACAAAAUCCCAGAGCUUUACAAAGGCGUCAGAUCUUACUCAGGAAUGGUCCCUGUCGGCGCUUCAGUACUAGCCAGAUACCCCGCCGAUGGAGUCUUGUACCGAGCCACGGUCGUCUCCGCCCAACCGUUCUCCAAAUUCAUAGUCCAGUACAUCGAUUUCGGGAAUAAACAACUAGUGGACGCUAAGGACAUAUGGCAGCUGGAUAGACAACUUUUAGAGCUGCCUAAAAUGGCGAUACAUUGCUCGCUGAUCGGUGUAGCGCCUGUAGAAGGCGAAUGGAAGGCCAAUCCCGAGAUAGACUUGUGUUUCAACGCGCCGCGGUAUCAGUGUGUGUUCCAGGAGUGUGUGGAAGGACAGUAUCAGGUCUCGUUGUGGAAUAACGGUGCGAGUGUUACGGAUAUGUUGGUGGAGAAACAGUUGGCUGUGCUGUCGGAGCAGCAAUCUUCCGUUACACUUAAAGACGAGGCAAUAGACCUGACCAUCAUAGUGGGCCAGCAGAUCCCCUGCCGCGUGACGCACUUCGAGUCGUAUGAGAAGUUCUAUGUUCAGCUCGACUUGGAGAAGGCGGAGCUGGUCGAGAACGCCAUCGCCAACUUCGACGCCAACUUGUUGACGCCGCUUACACAAGACACAUUAACCGACGGCAUCCAUUGCACAGUGAAGCACGAGGGUAAAAUCUACCGCGCCAUCUUGAACGACACGUCGGAUGCAAACAACGUCGUCGCCGUGUUGCCCGACUAUGGCAAUACUGUCACCACAUCACUGGCUAACUUGAUGAUCCUGCCAACGGAACUGAGCGUAUACUACUACCAGUCCCUGGAGUGCUGUCUCAACAACUACACGGCCGAGUCCAACACCCUGAUGCCGCUCGAGGAGCUGAAGACAACCCUCACCGGGAACAAGUUCAUCGUAUACGUGGACAGCGUUGAGGGGAUCCGCCUGAUGACCACCCUAUACGACAUCAGCACGGGCAAGAAGCUGGCCAUCUUCGAGCCCGACGAGGGCGCCUUCGAGGACGUGGUGACGGUGUGCGCGCGCACCGUGUUCAACUACAACUUCGGCCUGUGCAGCGUGCAGCACCUGCAGAACCUCAACGAGAUCUACCUGCAGAAGACUGCGGACAUCGAGAAGGUGCAGCAGCUUUUGGACAGGCUUUAUGUCUUCUAUGAUGAAGGUACACCCGAACCACUCGAGGAGUUCGAACCCGACACCCCGUGUGCUGUCAAAUCGUCCGACGGCAAUUGGUACCGUGCCACCAUCGUCAGCGCCACCGAUGCCGACGUCAUCGUGCAGUUCCCCGACUACGGCAACACGGAGACCGUCGCGAAGGACACGGUUAAGAAACUGGACAAGUCCUUCUACGAGCCCUGCGCUCAGGCACUCGUCGCGAGCUUAGGAUUGGUCGCGCUUACCGAUGACGCGGUUACAAAGCUGUCCGAAUGGACUACGGACAAGGAGGUGCAAGUCACGCUCGCAUUCGGCUCCGACGGCUGGCUCGCCAGUCUACACCUGGAUGGAGUGGACUUGUCCAUAAAACUGGUCAACGAAAAGCUAGCCACCCCGCAGGUGACUUCCGAAGAGGAGCCCGUACCCGAACCCGCGCCGGCCGCCGAGACAGUCGAACCCGUGUCGCUGCCGCCCGGCUGCACGCAGGUCUACAUCAGCCACAUCGACAGCCCCGGACACUUCUGGCUCCAGAUGGCCGACAAGGUCGACAAGAUCGACGAGAUCCAGGCCGAGCUCGCGGCCGACGCCGACAAAUACGAGGACCUGCAAGCGCGCGAGAUGGGCACGCUGUGCGUCGCCAAGUACUCGGCCGACGACCUCUGGUACCGCGCCGAGGUGCUUGACCUUGACUCCGACAUCACCACCGUGCGCUUCAUCGACUACGGCAACACCGACGUGCUCGACAAUUCGCCCGGCCUCAUCAAGACUAUGCCGGAGAGCCUGCGCGCUAUAGAGCCGCUCUGCGUGCGUUCCAGCGUCAACGCCGUGCCCACCGGCACCGGCCAGUGGUCGGAGGCGGCCGGCGAGAGCUUCGAGGCGCUCGUCGGCGACACGGCGCAGCCCGUCGACGCGCUCAUCGUGCUGAAGGACGUCACCACGUACGUCGACCUGUUCGUGGCCGGCCGCAACCUCACCGACCAGCUCGUGGCGCAGGGCCACGCCGCCCGCUCCGAGCAGCCCACCGAGUGCGGCGACCUCCCCUCCUGCUUCGCCAGCCACGUAAACUCGCCCUCCGAGUUCUGGGUCCAGCUGGAGUCGGCCACGACGGAGCUGCAGGCGAUGGAGGCGGCCAUGGAGGACGCCGAGAACCUCCCCGAACUGGCGUCGAAGGAGGAGGGCGUGCUGUGCGCCGCCAAGUACCCCGAGGACGGCGCCUGGUACCGCGCGCAGGUCAUCGUGGACGGCUCCGAGGGCACCGAGGUGCUGUUCAUGGACUACGGCAACGCCUCCAUCGCCACCGAGCUUCGUACCCUCCCGGACGAGCUGAAGCUGAAGCCGGCGCUGUCGCGCAAGUGCGCUCUCCAGAAGCCAAGGGACAUCAAGUUCUGGUCGAGGAAGUCCGAGGUCAAGUUCAACGAGCUGGCCGCCGAGGGCCGCACCAUCUUCAACGUGCAGUUUAUCGCGUCCGGCGACAUCUCCAUCGUGGAGCUGUACCUGGAGGGCAAGUCGGUGACGGAGGAGCUGGUGGGGCUCUGCGAGGAGCAGCCGCCGGCCGAGCGUCCGAAGCCCGUGGGCCAGGACCUGCGCAGCGAGGGCAAGCUGUGCUACGUACACGCGCUGGACGAGUUCUACGUCCACCUCGACGACAAGACCGCGGACCUCGACAAGGUGACCGAGAGGAUGGUCGACGUGGACGAGUUCGAGUCGGCGCCGGAGCUGAAGGUCGGCUCGAUCUGCGCCGCCUACUGGGCCGAGGACGAGCAGUGGUAUCGCGGAAAAAUUCUAGAAUUCUGCGACGCGAGCUACCACGUCCAGUUCCUGGACUACGGCAACAAAGCUAAAUGCCAGGAGUUCCGGCGACUGCCCGAGGACGUAGCGACGAUCGAGCCCCUCGCCAAGUGCUGCCGGCUGGCCGUACCCGACGGGGCCGCCGACGACGACGCCGCGAGGAACAAGCUCGACGAGCUCAUGGCUAACGACGCGACAUUCCACAUAGAAUUCCUAGACAGCACUUCGGAGCCGGCGCUCGUCAAACUCAUCCUUAAUGGGGAGGAUGUUAGUACUAUCCUAUUCGCCUCGAGACCCAGUGAGAGAGAACCGGAAAAGGCGGAAACCGUACCUGAAACUGUAACUCCAGAAAGUGCUCAUGUUCCGGAGGAGGAGACGGCCUUGGCCGAAACGGAUGAUCAACCUAAGGAGACUGUAGAAACUGGUUCUGAGAAUGUAACCUCAUUGGAAAUUGAACAAGAGGAUAAAGAAUCGACCCAAUCAGUUACAGAGACGGUAGAAACUGGUUCUGAGAAUGUACCCUCGGAAACUGAAAAAGAAGAUAAAGUACCAAGCCAAUCAGUUAUAGAGCCUUCAGAAGUAGAGGAAGCUGUUAAAACUCUGGAGGAAGAAGACUUACCCGAAUCAGUUGUAAAGCCUUCUGAAGUAGAAAAACCUGUUGAAACACUGGAAGAAGUAGACUCACCUAAAACGGGCGAAAAGGAAGUUGCCGAAUCAGUAUUAGUAGGUAAUAAUGAACAGCAAACCGAAGUUUAUACCGAAAAAGAGACUGAGGAUGAAGAUAAAUUUGAGGAUGCCAACGAGCUGGACUCGUCGCAUCCAGAUCUGGACGAAAGCUUAGAAAGUAAUCACACCGUAAUUGAAAACAAAUCAUUUGAAGCCAACCCGGACAGCUUAAAUGACUCUGGUGAUCAUAAAGCGGAACAACUAGAGUCUCCUAAACAGGACACUUCAUCAUCAACCCUGGAGAGCUCCAAUGGAACUAUAAAAACUCCAGAAAGAGACAAUUCUAAGGAUUCCAUAAAUACAGAUACUGGCUACACAAGCAGUGAUGGCACCAAAGACGGAUCCCCAAUGAAGGAAUCCAGUAAUGAAUCAACCAAAUUAGAAUCAGAUGUUGGAGAAACAAUAUCGGAAGUCAAAACUAAAAAAUUGGUAUCAGAUGUAGAAGUAGGAAAAACAAUCGAACUCGAAAAUGAAUCAAAAGAGAACAAUGAAACUAGCGUUAAAUCAAAUGACGUCAGUAAAGUGGAAGAAAUUAAAACUAUCGAUAUUGAUUAACAGAUAUAUUUUUAAAUUAAGUCUUGUACGAUAAAAAUCUCAUUCUUUAAUUGUAAUAUUAAUAAGCGAUGCCUGAUUGUGAUAGAUACUUAGGAAGGGAUUUACUUUAUAUGUCUGCUUCAGUGAAAAUUGUAUUAAAGUGUCUAGAGAAGGUUUUUGUAGUAGAUUAUUUAUUGUAGGCGUAUAAAUUGACUUCCAUCAGUCACCACGUACAGUUUCCGUGUUAAAUCGAAACUUCCAGAGACUAGACUGAAUAGCCUUAUCUUUUGUAGUUUUAGAUAAUCUCUCUAAACAUUUUGAUACUUUAUUAAAUUUGUUAUCCUAGAUUUAAGACGUUUACUUGAUUACUUAUGUAACGUGUUUAUUAAAAUUUUUAUUGAUUUGUUACUUUCAAGUGUAAAAGACAACUUUUUUUGUUUAUUUACAAUCCGUUAAGUCCCAGUAAUUUUUUAUCUGUUUGUUUUCCGUUUCUUAAGUCAUAGCAUUUACGUAACGUUUGAAGACUUUGAAGUUUGAUACUGUGACAUUGUAAAUACUCGUAUUUUUCUACGUUCGACGUUGUUUAGUGUUUACUAAGUUAGGUAGGAAUACGAUUAAAAUAUGUUCAUUGUUUAAAUUUGUCACAUCGUGUUACCAUACACUUUUCGAGUGUGUACUGUCUCUUCCGAAAAUCGUUUUUUCCAUAUUGAUAUUUUUGGCAUUCGCAAUUUUUACCAUUUUACUUUUUCUCAAUCACAUCCUUUUCCGAAAUCAUAUUUAACCAUUCGCAUAUUUUCCCAUUAUUUUAAUUUUCCAAUAUCUUAAUUUUCUAAUAGGUUUUCUAACCAUUCGCAUAAUUUCCCACUAUAUUUUAUUUGUUUACAAUCACGGAAUAGAUAGGUGCGACGACGAGCUAAGCGAGGAGGAGUGUGUUAGGUGAACUGCGAGCAAAACAGUGCGCCAGAACCGACUAAUUAUAUUGCACGAUAUUGAUUUACAAAAAGAAAUUAUUUUUUAGUUAGUCUCUCGUAUAUUAUAAUAAUAAUACAUAUAUCCAAAUUAUGCGAAUGGUUAGAAAUGCUUCCGGAAAAGGAUGCUAUCGAGAAAAAGUAAAAUGGUAAAAAUUGCGAAUGACAAAAAUAUCAAUAUGGAAAAAACGAUUUUCGGAAGAGACAGUACACACUCCAGAUUUCGUACACAUAGUAAGCAAUAUGAUUAGCAAUAAGGAACAGUAUGUGUUGUGCCUCUGUAAUUACAUAAUAUUCAAAAAGCUAAUAAAUGUAUCUAUAUUGCAGCUCCAAUAUGCAGCAGAACAGUUACUCACAAAUAACUCAAAUAAGUUACGUUUGUGAAAUGUUUAUUUCUCCAAUUGUUUACUGUUUUAAAAAUAAAUAAA